CGCUGCGCGUCAUCUUAUCAGGAAGAGACGCCUCACUUCCAGAGAGCGGAGUAAGAAGCAAUGCUCCAUGCUGGAUGAUCAACAAGUCUCUGAGAUUUCAACAUAACGAUCAUUUUUGUCAGCGUAGUAUGCCUGACGACAUGGCGAGGCCGUUAAUCCGUGGCAGAGGUGAAGGAUCAGGGUGCAGACAUCUGGAAGCGUCCGUGGCUGAAGCAGGCGCUCCAGUGAUCGGCGUUCUGGGCACGGGGGACUUCUCAUGCUCGCUGGCGAGGAGGUUGGUGGCGUCUGGCUACCAAGUUGUGGUGGGGAGUCGAACCCCCAAACGCUCUGCGGCAUUGUUCCCUGAAGAGGCGGAGGUGACCUCCCAGAUGGAGGCAGCCAGUCAGGCAGACCUGGUCUUUGUCGCCGUGCACCCCGAGCACCACUCCACACUGCUGCAGCUGAAGCCGGCGCUGGCUGGAAAGACGCUGGUGGACGUCAGCAACGGUUUGAGAAUCAACCGAGAUGAGCCCUCCAAUGCCGAACAGCUGGCCGACCUGUUUCCAGAGAGUUCUGUCGUCAAAGGGUUUAACACCAUAUCAGCCUGGACCCUCCAGACAGGACCUCGGGAUGGGAGCAGGCAGGUUUUCCUGUGCAGUAACAGCAGCACAGCCAAGCACACAGUGAUGCAGCUCUGUCGCAGAAUAGGCUUCGUCCCCGUCGACAUGGGCCUCCUCUCCUCCUCCAGGAAUGUUGAAAACCUUCCCCUUUAUUUAUUCCCCUGCUGGCGCAUCCCCAUCCUCUGCACCCUGUCCCUGUUCGCAUUCUUCUACCUGUACAACUUCACCCGGGAUGUCCUGCAGCCCUACAUAACCGAAAAGAAGAAUGUUUUCUACAAAAUGCCCGUCGAGACUGUGAACGUCUCUCUCCCCUCUGUUGCCUUGGUGAUGCUCGCGCUGGUCUACCUGCCGGGCGUCGUUGCCGCUUUCCUGCAGCUGUGGUGGGGCACCAAGUACAAGCGCUUCCCAAAGUGGCUGGACCGAUGGCUGACUGGGAGGAAGCAGCUCGGGUUGUGUAGCUUCCUGUGUGCUGUCCUGCAUGCCGUCUACAGUCUGUGUCUCCCCAUGAGGAAGUCUGCCCGCUACGAACUCAUCAACUUCGCUUUCAAACAGUUCAAUAACAAGGUGGAGUACUCGUGGGGGGAAGAGCAGGUGUGGAGGAUGGAGUUGUACCUCUCAGCGGGUAUCAUGGCCCUGGGGCUGCUCUCCUUGCUGGCGGUCACUUCACUGCCCUCAGUGUCCAACGCGGUCAACUGGAGAGAGUUCAGCUUCAUACAGUCCACAUUAGGUUACACCGCCUUGUCCAUGGCCACCCUCCACACACUCCUCUAUGGCUGGGACCGCGCCUUCACUCCAGCCCAGUACCGCUUCAACCUGCCUCCUACGUUCAUGCUGGUCCUGAUUCUUCCCGCCGUGGUCCUCCUGGGUCGCCUGGCUCUGUUGGUGCCCUGCGUGGCUCGGCGACUGAGACAGAUCCGCCGUGGCUGGGAGAAGAGCCGACACAUCCGCUUCUUCCUGCCGGAGGACGUCUGCCACAACGGGCUGGAGGACGUCAGUAAUGUUUGAGGAACACACCAAAAAAGUGUAUUUUAUGUUCAUGGAAAUCAACACAAUUUAACAACCUUCACACACUUCAAAGAAACACCCACCUAAGCCCAAAAAGUAAUGACUCCUUGGAAUUAGAGCCUGACCGAUUAUUUUCUUGGAUUUGAAGCUGUACAACUGAAUUUUACAUAAGCUCAUAAUUGAGAGCUUUACACUGAUUGGCAAAAAAUGAACGUUGGCCUUGUCUGAUGCAUUCCUAUCAGUUAAAGGUUUGAAUGCUCCUCAGAUUACUGCACGUGCAGGUAUUCAUAAGCAAGAUCGAACAAGUAGUUUUAUAGCUUGUUUUGUCCACACGUUUAAGGUAAAACAACAUGGUAUCUUAAUCUGAUUUGUGUGAAGUCAGUCUCAUUUAAAUGUGUCUAUUUUUUACAAUUGAAAGUUGAUAUGUUAUCAAUCAGCAUGAUCUUUUCUGGACUGAGAUUUGAUUUACUUUUUGUGUAUUGAUCAGCAAAUGUUAAUGUUUAAACCAAGAGCUGCUAAAUGCUAAGCUACAGUUGAGUUCUGUACAUGUACUGAGAAACGUUCUGCUGCAGAAGCUGCCACACAUUGUGUUACAUCAUUUAAAAGGAAUACCCCAUUGGUGUAUUUCUUCUUGCUUGUUUUCUUAAAUGGCAACUUGACAUGGAUCUUGUAUUCUUUACACACUGGUACUGAGGUGACUGAUGGAAUCAGACUGCUGAAGGACAUCUUCGUUCUUUUCAUUAUUAACAAGAACAAACCAGUUUGCUUUGGUUUUUACGGUCUAAGAUGUUUUUGUGUUUUGUUAAUAGGGAUUUAUUUUUAAGUUUAAGGCCUAUGUUUUCUGUGCCAAACGUUGAUUCUUUGUUUUGUGAUUUUUCUAAUCUUAAAAAGUCAUGUUAGUGCCCUGAAAUGUAAGCAGUUUCCUGACACAAAGAAAACAAUGUUCACAUAUCAAAUGUAAAUCAAAGAAGAAAGUUAUUUUCUCAAAUGUAUUUAUUUGUUGGAUAAUUAAAAAAAAGCUUUUUGCA